AUGUCCUCGCAGAAACUCAUCACCGUCUUUGGCGCCACUGGUGCGCAAGGCAGCGCAGUCGUCAAAUCCCUCAUACAGAGCAAGAAUGCUGCCUUCAAAGUCCGAGGCAUCACCAGGAACACCGAGUCCGCAGCAGCAAAGGAGCUCGCGAAUCUCGGGGUGGAGGUUAUUCAAGCCAAUGGCUUCAACAAGGCCGAGAUGGUCAAGGCUUUCAAUGGAAGCUGGGGCGCUUUUGUCAACACGAACGCGAACGAUCCCGCCUUGGACGGUCCGACCGGCCCAACCGACCUCGACCUAGGCAAGACCAUUGUCGACGCCGCCGCUGAAGCCGGCGUCCAGCAUUUCAUUUACAGCUCGUUCGCAUCCGCGUCUAAGAUGACAAACGGCGCAAUAACGGUUCCUGAGUUCGACAGGAAAAACGCAGUCGAAGCCCACGCGCGCACCAAAAACUUCAAGGCCUUCGCCGCCGUCAUCGCCGGCUGGUACAUGGAGAACUAUCUCGACAAGGCCUUCGCCGCCUUCUUCGGCGGCUUCCCCUGGACGGAGGACGCGGCAGGCUACCUGACGUUUAGCUCGCCGCUGUGGGGCGGGAAGGAGGGCGUGCCGUUCGUCAGCAUCAGCGAGGACUUUGGCGACGUCGUGCACGGCAUCUUCCUGCAGCCGGAGCGGUGGGACGGGAAAGUUGUGCAGGUUGUUAGCGACCCGAUGGGGUGGGGGGACGCUGUGGGGAUUUAUGAGAAAGUAACCGGCAAAAAAUCCCGCUUCACCCCCCUACCCUCCUGGAAAGAUUUCAAUGACCAAGGUGUCAAGACUGGCAUGGGGACCAAGCUGAUAUUCGGCUACGCACAGAUGACCGGAGGCCAGGUUUACGGGGCGCCGACGGACACUAGCGCGGCGCGGGAGCUGAAGAACGUCGCCGCCGAGGCCAAGGGCGUGCCGAGCGAGGACGCGGAGCUGAUGACCAUCGAAAGGUUCUUCAGGGAGAAUUUUGCCCAGGUGUGA